AUGGAAGAUUCACCGGAGUUAGCACAAUUGAUGCAUCAUCUCCAAAGCAGUUCAUCAACCUCUACACAACAACCAUCAUUACCAGAAUCAACGUCAACACCUGGUUUAUUGCCUAAUGGCAAGAAAACUAAAGGACGUGUGAAGAUAAAAAUGGAAUACAUUGGCAAUAAAUUGCGACGAUAUACAACAUUUAGCAAACGAAAAACGGGAAUAAUGAAGAAAGCAUACGAGUUAUCGACAUUAACGGGCACCCAAGUUAUGCUACUAGUCGCAUCGGAAACCGGUCACGUAUACACAUAUGCGACAAAGAAACUCCAACCAAUGAUCUCUUCGGACACUGGAAAAGCACUAAUCCAGACAUGUUUGAAUGCACCCGGUGAUGGUUCUGAUCUACAACCGAAUCGAACCGAGUUCACAUUUGAAACCGGUACAGCGCCACCAAAUCCACGAAAACGACGUGCUGCCGACACUCCAGACGCAACGCAAUUCGUCUCGUUACUGCCCACGAUGGUACCGACGGCACUGUUCAGCUCAUUUGGUGAAGACGAUUAUAAUCAAGAUGAUAGCGGAGACGAUUCCGAUAGCGAAGAGCCGAUUGAACCGGCCAAGGAAGAAGCCCCGGCACCUGAACCCGAAACUAAGAAAGACGAACAAGCCGAGCUGACGGCUACCCUUCAACAAACGCUAAAAGAGGCCCUGAAAGCCGCUGGAAAUAAUCGGCUAAUGCAGCAGAAACGGCGGCAGGCUAGCCCACCACAACCGCCACCAAACUCGCAAUCGACACAAGCAACAAACGCGAAUGCAUUCUUGGCACCGUUCCUGCUUUCAGGUGGAGCUUCAGCAAACAGUCUACUGAUCAAUUCGUCAAAAGGCGAAGACGCCAGUUCCAAUGCAAAUCCUCUUCUUUCAUUUCCCUUCCAAUUCAAUUUCCAACAGCUUAUGGAAUCUGCAGCACUUGGUGCACAAAUCACCAAUACAAGUGAUUGA